GAACAUUGUUCAACACAUUGAACACAACUUUGAACAUUUAAACUCGAAUUCAACUCGCCCUUUACUCGCUUGUAUCAAUUUUACAUGGAGCAGCAGCUUACUUCCUCUCUUGCACCCUCUCGUUCUGCACAAAAGUCGAGCGUUACUGCAUCAAGCCAGCAGGGAGCUGGCAGUGUGGCAAAACGAUUAAGCAAUGAACUCAUGACAUUAAUGAUGUCCUCGUCACCCGGAAUCUCUGCAUUUCCAAAAAACGACGGCAAUCUUUUUGAAUGGGUUGGGACAAUUGAAGGGCCAGCCGAGACGAUAUACGCAGGAUUGAGUUUCAAAAUAUCCAUAUUGUUCCCCUCAAACUACCCAUACGUUGCACCUAGUAUUAAAUUUGAUACACCGUGCUACCACCCCAAUGUGGACAUCACAGGGGGCGUGAUCUGCUUGGACAUUUUACAAGACAAAUGGUCUGCUGUAUACAGCGUUCAGACCAUUUUGCUUUCCUUGCAAUCAUUGCUGGGCGAGCCGAACAAUGCAUCUCCUCUGAACCCAGAUGCAGCUGCACUAUGGAAUAAACCUGACGCGUAUAAAGUACAGUUGCUGAAGCAUUACCGGUCGUAGUAGAUUGUUUGUACUUUCUGUGACAUGUGACAAAAGAAUUGUUUUCUCUUAACCACG